AAAAAAAAAGACAUGAAAAAGAGAGUUGAAAACUUGGAAGAGGGGAGGUCUAGAAAGAAAUUCCCGGGAAAGUCAAAACCAGUAAUGUAAUUGGUACUUUUGGUUUUGGGAUGGAGUAAAUGAUCGACGACGGCGAGUGGGCAAAACCCGAGAGAAGAAUACACCCGAUUUAAUUGGCAACGUCCAGAUAUCCGACCCGCAUCGCACAAAGCCAUAACGACGACGCAAAAGCCUGUCGCUUGAUCUCCUCCAAAUCAAACCAAACACCGAAAGUCCCCAAAUUUCAAGAAAUCUCACAGUGAGAAAUGCAAAAUCCAAGGAUGCCUAUAACUGAUGAACUUUCAAAUCCAAAGCCUCGGAAAAAGAAGACACCAACCCAAAAGGCUCCUGUGUAUCAAGUAAAAAAGAAUGAUGUCAAAGGGGUUCAAGGAUCCCUGCCAUUAAAAACAGGGCAGCAGAAAGCCUCCAAAAGAAUCUCGAGGACUGAAGUUUCUCCGAUAUUCCACCAACCAGAAAGGUCAAACUCAGAUUCAUUGCCAGAUUCCUCUACAUCUGGAAAUGAGUACCGAGCACUGAGGCGGAAAUAUUUGCUGCUGGAAGAAGAGAGCUUUACAUUGGGGAGAGAGCUAAAAGAGGUUGAAGAUGAGGUUAAGACCUUGGAAGAUGAGAAACUUGCCCUCUUGGAUCAUCUUGUUGUGUUAGAAGGCUUAAUUGACCCUUCAGAGUUGCAUUCCCAGGGAAAAUUAUAGCUUCAUUUCUUUGUAUUAUUACUGACUGUGACUUUGAUAAUAGAUAUGGACGUAUUGUUUCAUAUUUUGUUUGUCAAUUCUAAGCCCUUGUUAUACAAUUGGCUCCUAGAUAAGCUUUCAUAGUUUGUUCUAGGAAACUCAAUUUACAGCGACUAGAAUUCUAGAUCGUAGUUAAGAAUAGUCUUUUGUAAUGCAGUAGUCAAAUUUGUCCUAGUAUCACUAUCCGUAGUAUUGUACUCUAUAUUGAACCUCUCGAGAGAAUGCACCUUUCAUUCUAUCA